UUGGUGUCUUUAAUAAUGACCAACCCGGUUACUGUGAGUGUGGAGCAGCUUGUUUUUCCAUUCCGCUGCUGCUGCUGCCGUUGCUGCUCGCUGUGUCAGGAGGGGGGAGAGAGAGAGAGAGACUGCGGCGCAGCUUCUGGCUGCAGGAUGGCGGGACAGCAGCGCCAAGGAUGCGGCGCGGAUUGGAGAAAAGUUUAGGGACGCCGCACAUAGCGGCGCAUCAUGCAUGGCGCGGAAGAAAAAGAAAAAAGUAAAAGAAAAACACAGCCGCAGCCCGGAAUACAUCGGCUCCCUUCUGCGCCCUCUGAUGCACCAGCCGCUUCCUCUUGGCCGCGAAUAUUAGCGCACGCUGACCGGCCUAUGCGUCAACCGGUCCGCCUCCUCCGCCUCCGUCGCUCCACCUGCAUGAUCGGCGAGCCAGGUGAAGGGUGAGUGUAAACACCAGCUGUGGGUGUGGUGCCAUUUCCAGAGCAUGUAUGACGGCCGCGUGUAUUUAUGCACAUGAGCGAGAGAGAGAGGUGGACUGGUGAGACGGCUGGUUUACAGAAAGCAGCGGAGCAGCAGGGGGGACGCGGGCUGCAGCUGGUCCUGUUGCAGAGGAGACAACCAGGGGGUUCCCACCGACUGAGGUCAGUAACAAACCCCUUCUUAUAUGUAUAGCUGGCAGGAUGAACUUCAAAAACAUGUGGGAGUACCUGGCCUGGCUCUACUACCAGUACCUGCUCAUCACCGGCAUCUACGUCCUGGAACCGUGGGAGAAGUCCAUCUUUAACUCUGUCCUCUUCUCCGCCAUUGCCAUGGUGGUCUACACCUCGUACGUGUUCGUGCCCAUCCACGUGCGUCUGGCUCUGGAGUUCUUCUCUGAGAUCAUCGACGGCCAACCGGAGAGCGCCGUGGCGCUCAUGAACUGAAACGAAGGAGGAAAACGGAGGGAAAAGACUCAUAAAAAAACAGAAGAAGAAGAAGGGGCGGCUUAUAAAGCCUCUCCCUUCUUCACCGGAACCACAAGCCGGACACUUCAUCGAUACUGAAAACAUGAAGAUCUUGCCAGAAUGAUCUGGAAGCCUUACUCACGUCUUUUUGGAUCCCACGCCCUCUGGCCUUACCCGAUGGUAUUACACAGCAGUGCUUUAAUUUCCUGCACUAUUGAAAUGUUUGGUUUUCCUUUUCCUCCCCAUAUGUCCCGUUUGAGUGCAUCCCACCUCCGGGUUUUGCAUGAUGGGGCCAAACGUGACAGGUGAAUUUGCAUGCUUGACAAACAACAAAGCACAACCGGUCUCUCUUUCUUCUGCAAACGUCAUGAAGGUAUCCCAGUAGCUCUGAUUUUUAGCUGAAUAAGAUCUGGACAAUAUGGAAUAUAUUUUUUUUUUCCAGAACUAAAGCAGUAAAGGUCAUGAAACUUU